CUAAUCUCUUUCUCUCUCUAGCUUUCUCUUACUAGCUAGCUAAUUUAAACUCCUUGUAAUUUGUUCACUCACUAUCUAUCACUAUUUAAAUUAGAAAAGAAGUUCAAAUUGAGCUAAACAAAAUGGCAUUAACACCAACUCAACUCCAUCAAUUAACCUUCAUAUUUGGCAUACUUGGAAACAUUGUUUCCUUUGGUGUCUUCUUGGCUCCAUUGCCAACAUUUUGGAGGAUAUUCAAGAAGAAAUCAACAUUAGGGUUUCAAUCAAUACCUUAUUCGGUUGCACUAUUUAGUUCAAUGCUAUUGUUGUACUAUGCAUUCUUGAAGGAAACCAAUGGAACAAUGAUUCUUACCAUUAAUACCAUUGGUUGCGUAAUCGAAGGAACAUAUCUCAUUAUCUACCUCAUUUAUGCUACUAAAGAAGCCAGGAUUUAUACAACCAAAUUGGUGGGACUUUUCAAUGUAGGAGUUUUUGGGCUCAUAGUACUUACAACUAUGUUGUUCGUUAAAGGGAUGGAUAAACACACGAUGUUUUCAAAAGGCGGUAUGCGUGUAAACAUUGUUGGAUGGAUUUCUGGCAUCUUCUCCGUUUGUGUCUUUGCUGCUCCUCUUAGCGUUAUGAGGCUGGUAAUAAAAACAAAGAGUGUAGAAUUCAUGCCGUUUGGGCUAUCAUUCUCGCUUACACUUUGUGCGAUCAUAUGGUUCUUUUACGGUUUCCUCAUUAAGGACUUCUACAUUGCGUUGCCAAACAUCCUUGGAUUCGCGUUCGGAAUAGCUCAGAUGAUAUUGUACGUAAUUUACAAUCAUUUAUCAAAGAAGAAGAAAAACAACAACAACAAUAAUGGUGAUGAUCUCAUGAUAAAAGAAGUCGAUAUCAUGCAACUUCAAGAGUUAUCUAUUAAUAUAAAACAUGGAAAUGUUGAGAAAAUUGAGCAAGAUUCUACAACUUUGGAUCAACAAAACAAGCCAGCUGAGGUUAUUGAAAUUAAUGUAGAAGAAAUGGUUAAAGUGAACAAUAAUAAUAUUAUUGUUAACGAGGUUGAUGGGAAACCGGCCAAUGGCGAUGUGCCACGUGGAGAUAAUGCAUGCUAAUUAAGUAUCUUGUACAUCCACAUGACUCCGUAUAUACGCUAGGUCCAUGGUGAAGGAUGAAUUUGAUGUUGCCAAAACAAAGAAAAGUAUGGUGGUUCCAUUAAUUAAAUGGAAAUUUUAGGGGUCAAAAGAAAAGAAAAAGAGUUGACAUGGAUGUUUAAUGUUUUAGAAGGCUAGAAUUUUUUAUCUUAUGUAAAUUCUCCAAAAUGACUAGAUUUAUUUCACGUAUUUCUAGUGGUAAAUAUUAAUUUUAUGUUGUUCUAGUGUAUCACGUCUAACUCAGAUGUAUGGAAUAAUCACUUUUCAUUAAUAAUAUUAUUGUUAACGAG